AUGGAUGUAGGUUUCGCACGGCGUCUCGGGCGCUUGGUAGUUUACCGAGAGCGCUAUGAUCAACCGCCGGAAAGUGCUUGUACGUUUGUGACAAACUCACUCAUUCUUGAAGGAAAGGUCAACGUACUAUCUGAAAAGGAAACCGCCGAUUUCCUUAUAUCUGUAACACCAGAUAAGGAUCGACGAGAUCAAGUGGCAAAUGGCUUGCUUUUCUAUCUGCUGACUGACGGCGCCAAUUUCAACAAGUAUUUCCGUUGCCUAUCUGUCAUUGCGAAUGAUCAGUGGUAUGCAACCCUCUGUAACGUGAAUAUGAUUCUGAUCGAACUGUGGCCGAAAUUGCACGAAUCGUGCCGAGAACUGAUGCUGCAGUUUUUUCGAGAGGCUGUCAAGCUGAACGUGCCCAAGAUCGAGAACGUUAUCAUGAAUCUAGUGCGAUCCAUUAAUGGCAGCGUGGAAUGGAAUCAUAAGCUGCGACAUGCUCAUGCGAUACGCACGACUCCACAACGAGAAAUGAGGCUUGGGUUAUGGGUCUGA